CUACUCCAUAUGUUUUGAGUUUACGCCCACCUUGAGAUUCUUCUCCAUCUCUUCACCGACGUCAUCGUCGCCACGUUCCUCCUCUCCCCGAUCUUCGAUUUUCGGCGAUUAUCGGUCUCGGCUUUUGUUCUCUCCGAAUCUCCGAUUCGUUUGUUUGAUUUUUCUCCCAAAAGCCCUAAUUUUUACCUUGAUUUCUCGUCUCUGAAUUCGGAAAAAUCCCGGCUUCCUUGUCCAAUUUGGAGGCUUGAGACCUGCCCAUCGAUCUUUGCCGGUAAAAAAGAUCGCCCAUCUCCUCAGUUUCAUCGAAGCUUGCGGAUCCAAGAUCUCGUAUUGUUGAUGGGCUCUAUUAGGGUUUGCCCGGAGGUUCCCGGAUCUUCGAAAUCUUCGUGCCCGACGCCCACCGCCUCGACGUCUCGCACCGAAACCGUCAAUGGCUCUCACGAAUUCAAGAUCAGUGGCUAUUCUCUCGCGAAAGGGAUGGGGAUCGGCAAAUACGUCGCCUCCGACACGUUCAUGGUCGGGGGUUACUCGUGGGCCGUCUACUUCUACCCCGACGGCAAGAGUCCGGAGGACAACGCGGCGUAUGUUUCUCUGUUCAUCGCGCUGGCGAGCGAGGGCGCGGAUGUGAGGGCGUUGUUCGAGCUCACGCUUGUGGAUCAGAGCGGUAAUGGGAGUCACAAGGUUCAUAGCCAUUUCGGCAGGACUCUCGAGAGCGGGCCGUACACUCUCAAGUAUCGGGGAAGUAUGUGGGGAUACAAGCGUUUUUUCAAGAGAAACCUUUUAGAAGCGUCAGACUAUCUCAAAGACGAUUGUCUGUUGGUACGUUGCUGUGUCGGUGUAGUGAAGUCUCACACAGAAGGACCUAGGAGUUACAAAAUCCAUGUUUCGCCCUCUGACUUGGGUCAGCACUUUGGCAAGCUCUUGGAAAGUGGGAAGGGGGCAGAUGUAACAUUUGAAGUUGAUGGAGAAGCAUUUUCUGCUCACAAGGUGGUUCUUGCAGCUCGCUCCCCUGUUUUUAGGGCACAGCUCUUUGGUCCAUUGAAGGAUCGAAAUACACAAUGCAUAAGAAUAGAAGACAUGGAAGCCCCCAUUUUCAAGGUUAUCUCUUUAAUUCUCUUUCUAUGGAUAUUCUUCUAUUCACGAAUGUUCAUUCCGGGAUCACCUCCUGGGGCGCUGUUCCUGUUCACAAAUUUUACUCUCUCCCGGGAUAAGGUGUUGCUCCAUUUUAUCUACUGGGAUGAAUUGCCGGACAUGCAAGAGCUAAUGGGCACAGAAUCAAAAUGGGCAUCUACACUAGUGGCUCAGCACCUGCUUGCAGCUGCGGACCGUUAUGCUCUGGAGCGGCUCAGAGCAAUCUGCGAGUCGAAACUCUGUGAAGGGAUCUCCAUAAACACUGUCGCGACGACAUUGGCCCUGGCCGAGCAGCAUCAUUGUUUCCAGCUGAAAGCAGUCUGCCUCAAAUUCAUCGCCUUUCCGGAAAACCUAAAAGCCGUGAUGCAAACAGAGGGGUUUGAGUAUCUGAACGAAAGCUGCCCGAGUGUACUAACGGAGCUGCUGGAGUACGUGGCGAGGCUGGGGGAGCAUUCCAUAACAGCGGCCUCAUCUGGGCAUCGGAAGGAGGUGGUGGCGUUGGCCGACGGCUGCGACUCCAACGGACGACGUGUGAAGCAGCGUUUACAUUGAUUUGACGAUUCGUUCACCGGAAAGCUGUGCUCUUUCUUUAAUUUCUCUGCAGGCACCUGAGAAUGGUGACCGCUAGAAGAUUAUAAAAUAGGACAGAAGGAGAUUUGUGCAUUUUGUCUUUGUGAAAGUGUAACUUUGUAAGCAUUCGUAGUAGUAAAUGAUGUUUUUUUUUUUGGUAUAUGACAUGAUCAUAUGAUGACCAUAGGAAACUUGAAAGACGAUGCAUUUAAUACCCUU